CAAACAGAGGAAGUAGAUGAACUUUUUGCUAGUCAGCUAACUAAGGUAUGUAGGAAGCACAUCACAGUAGUAAUGGGGGAUUUUAACUACCCUGACAUCAACUGGGAAACAAACUCUGCACCAAGUGGAAGAUCCAACAGGUUCCUAACAAACCUAGCAGACAACUUUGUUUCCCAAAAAAUAGAGAAGGCGACAAGGGGAUCAGCCAUAUUGGACUUAAUUCUCACUAACAGAGAUGAAAUGAUAGAAGGUGUUGAAGCUACAGGAACCUUGGGGGCAAGUGACCACGCAAUAUUGGAAUUCGACAUUAAGCAAAUACAAGUAGUAGAACAAAGUCAAACUAGAGUCUUGGACUUUAAGAGAGCUAAUUUCAAUAAACUUAGAGAGAGCUUGAGAAGGAUUCAAUGGAUGAGAAUCCUCAGGGGGAAAACGACUCAAGAAGCUUGGGAAAUUUUGAAAAGUGAGAUUAUAAAAGCACAGUCUAACACAAUACCAAUGAAGAAGAAAAAUAAUAGAUCUCAAAAGAAACCAGCAUGGAUGCAUAAAGAACUAUCUGACAAAUUGAAAGAUAAAAAGGACAAAUAUAAAAAGUGGAAAGAGGGGCAAAUAACUAAGGCAGAAUAUCAGCAAAUAGCCCAAGCCUGUAAAGAUGAAGUGAGGAAAGCUAAGGCUCACAAUGAACAAAGACUAGCGACAAAAGUAAAAAAUAACAAAAAAAGCUUCUUCCAACAUGUUAAAAACAAGAAAAAAGUCAAGGAAACAAUUGGCCCAUUGCUGGGAGAAAGUGGCAAGAAGAUGACAAGCAACAGGGAGAAAGCAGAUUUAUUUAACUCAUAUUUUGCAUCUGUCUUUACACAAAAGGAAAAAACAAUCCAACCUAUCAAAAACAGCACUACAAAAAACAGAUUAGAAACACAAGUUAAAAUAGGGAAGAAAAUGGUAAGUGAACACCUUUCUACCCUAGACGAGUUCAAAUCACCAGGACCGGAUGGAUUACACCCCAAGGUUCUGAAGGAACUGGCAGACGUGAUCUCAGAACCACUGAACUAUAUCUUUCAAAGAUCCUGGAGCACAGGGGAGCUGCCAGAGGACUGGAAAAGAGCUGAUGUAGUUCCCAUCUUCAAAAAAGGAAAAAAAAAGAGAUCCAGGAAACUACAGACCUAUCAGUCUGACCUCAAUACCGGGGAAGAUUCUGGAAAAGAUAAUCAAGCAACGAAUUACCGAACACCUAGAAGCAAACAAAGUAAUAACCAAAAGCCAACAUGGGUUUGUCAAAAACAGAUCAUGCCAGACUAAUCUUAUCGCAUUCUUUGACAAAAUGACAAAAUUAGUAGACCAGAGGAAUACUGUCGAUAUAAUUUACUUGGACUUCAGUAAAGCAUUUGAUAAAGAAGACCAUAACCUACUACUAGAUAAAGUAGAAAAAUGUGGGUUAGACAGCACCACCACCAGAUGGAUUCAUAACUGGCUGACCAACCGCACUCAACGUGUAGUCCUCAACGGAACUACAUCCACAUGGAGGGAAGUAUGCAGUGGAGUACCCCAAGGCUCUGUUUUAGGCCCAGUACUCUUCAACAUCUUCAUCAAUGACUUGGAUGAGGGGAUAGAUGGGGAACUCAUCAAAUUUGCAGAUGACACCAAGCUGGCAGGAAUAGCCAACACUCCAGAAGAUAGGCUCAAGUUACAGAAAGAUCUUGACAGACUUGAACAUUGGGCGCUAUCUAACAAAAUGAAAUUCAACAGUGAAAAAAAAUUGCAGGUUAAACGACAGGCCUGGGAGCUCUAAUAAUUGCCUGCAGAGCGUUCUGGGGAACAGGCUGGUGUACAGAUGAUCCAGGUUGGUUCGGCUGCAGCAAGGCUUCAAUUGUUCAACUAAAAUGCUCGCAUGGAGAGUUUCUGUUUAGAUGAUAGCAGUCUUUCAAAGUUUGAAAGAGUGUCACAUAGAAGAGAGGUUUGACCUGUUCUCCAAAGCGCCGGAGAGCAGAAAAAGAAGUAACAGAUGGAGACUUAUAGAGAGACCCAAGCUAGAACUUAGAGAAAGUUCCUGUCUGUGAGAACAAAUGGAACAGCUUGCCUCCAAAAAUUGUGGAUGCUUCAUCACUGGAGGUUUUUAAGAACAGAUUGGACAGACAUUUGUCCAGAAUGGUACAAAGUCUCCUGCCUCAGCAGGGGAUUGGACUGGACGACCUCCAAUGUCCCUUCUAACUCUUAUUAUUCUCUUAUGGACCUGCUGUUUUCUUGGCAACAAUAACAGACUGAUCUGCCACUGGUUACACUUCCAUAUCUAAUCAACCAGCAUGGUAUUUCCUACUGGUACUCCAUCCAUGUAUUAACCAGGUUCAACUGUGCUUAAGCCAGCACUUUUUUAAAAAUAGCUAAUGAGGACUUUUGGGGAUGUUCAGUUGUAUAGGUAGUCCUCACUUGCCACUUGUUCACUGAGUCUGUGGUUAUGAAGAUACAGGAAAAGGAGUUGCACCGAUUUGGGUUCUGCCAUCCAGUACAUAUCUAUGAUGGUUGCAGCAUCCCACACUCAUAAUCCCCAUUUGUGACCUGCCCAGCUAGCUUCACACAAGCAAAAUCAGUGGGGAGGUGAAAUUGAAUUUAACAAUCCACAGUGAUUUGUUUAACAACUGCAGAAGAACAGAUGUAAGUUGGCACUGUCGUGUGACAUCAUGCUUAAUGAUCGAGCCACUUAAUGAUACAGAUGCCAGUCCCAAAUGCAGGCAAUAAGUUAGGACUACUUGAAUGGGGAUGCACCAGAGAGAUUGUGGACAGUAUUUACUGCACUUAUUUGGAGCUGAGGACUACCAAGGGCAAAACUGGUGCUUCAAAUCUUGCAGAGACUUUAGGCAUCAUUUCAUCAAUUAAAGCCCCCACAUCUCUAAAAUUAGCUCAGAUGGCUUGACUUCAAUCCUUUUGGGACCUUUUUUCAGGCUGAAAAAGCAUGUAUUUCCCAUAUAUAUACAUUUGUAGGUAUGUGCAUUUGAAUUUCGGUCUGUAUGAAUAUAUUUCCAGAUAUAUUCGUUGAUAACCCAUUGCAGCACUAAGAAGUUAUGAUAGAUGCAAAUCAAUAACAGAAUUUUAUGAUUGAAUGGAUAUUUGAACUUAGAUCUCUGUAAUGUUCGAUGAAUCAUAAUUAAAGAGGUUAUUCUAGGAUGGGGGCCUGUUUGCUUUUUCAGUGUAAUGUAUCCUUUUUCUUUUUUUCACAUCUUCUGCAAGCAUUACAUAAGCAAUUAAAUUUACACUUUUCUUUGAAUCUUAUAAGCAAAGAGGAUGGCAACAAAAGCACUCUGGAGAAGUGGGAAUAAUUUUUGGGGAAAAACAGCAAAUCUAGCCAGAAAUCAAAAUAUUUACUUAAGAAAAUUACACAAUUCUCUCA